AUGUUGGAAGAUAUUUUCUAUUAUUAUUUGCUUAAUAUUAGCUCAUCAUUUUGUUUAGCUGCUGCGCAUAAUGCUUUAUAUUUCGUCCUAAAUGUUCGAACUGUGGUUCUUCAUUUCCUUCAUUAUUUAUCAACAUUUUGUUUUUUGCUAAUGUGCUAUUGGCUUGGAAUGAAGCGAAUCAAUCGACCAUUCUCGAUCAGCAAACUACGAAAUGUUAUUGUCGUGCAAGUGCUACAAGUCUUCCUUUCGAAUCUGGUACAUUCGCAAGAGAAGGCUGGCAGCCUCUAUUUGUUGAGACUGUUCGAUUUUCUUACCCUUAUAACGGUGAUGAAAUAUGAUAGACAAGUUUCGAAUGGAUCAAAUUCUUAUGGAAUUCUUUUGCCAAUUGGUAUUGGUGGUUCUUUAAGUUGGUUGGAAUUCGGGAUAAUCGAGUAUUCAACUCUGGCACUGUUUUUUUGUCCUAUUCAUGCCAUCUUGUUGGCCAUUCAAAUAAUUCAGUUGCGGAAGUGUUAUAAUGAAACUAAAGCAAAUCAACCCGAGUUUUUCAUCCUAUUUUAUACUGGUCUAAUUGCUACAUCUUUAUUACCAUUUGCUUUAUACUCGUGGCUUACUUCAAGUGUUGCAGUAGAAGCGUCUUGGGAAUCAAUAGAUUAUAUACUCAUUGGAAUGUCGGUCAUAUUUAUGGCAUGCUAUAAAUAUUCCGAAUUAUGGUUGUUGCUGAAAUUAGAAGGUCACAAUUUUGUGAUUUUCCAGCAAUCAAAAUAUUGGCUGGCUAGUAUUGGUCAAUGGUUUAUUCAAAACAUGGCCCAUGCCUGUAUUUUUAGUGUAAUAGGUAAAAUAUUAAUGUUUAGCGCUACGCUUCGUUAUUUGGGUGAAUUGCGCUAUGGAAAAAUUAUUGAACAUCAUUCAUUACUAUAA